CACGGCGGGAGAGGCCGAGCGCCGCGGUGGCGCUGGGCGCGGUGCGCUGUGAGCGGUGAGCGGUGAGCGGUGAGCGGCAGCCAUGGCGGAGACGGAGGGGGGCUCGGAGCAGGAUGACGUCUCGUUCCUCCGCACGGAGGACAUGGUGUGUCUCUCCUGCAACGCCACAGGGGAGAGGGUGUGCCUGGCGGCCGAGGGGUUCGGCAACAGGACCUGCUUCCUCGAGGGCAUCGCCGACAGGAACAAGCCGCCCGACCUGGCCGCCUGCGUGUUCGUGAUUGAGCAGGCGCUGUCGGUGCGCGCACUCCAGGAGCUGGUGACGGCGGCCGCCUCCGACACGGAGAACGGCGCGGUAGGAAAGGGCACCGGCUCUGGCCAUCGCACGCUUCUGUACGGCAACGCUGUGCUGCUGCGGCACCAGAACAGCGAUAUGUAUCUUGCGUGCCUCUCGACCAGCUCCUCCAAAGACAAGCUGGCGUUCGACGUCGGUCUGCAGGAGCACUGCCAAGGCGAGGCCUGCUGGUGGACCAUCCACCCGGCCUCCAAGCAGAGGUCCGAGGGCGAGAAGGUGCGGGUGGGCGACGACCUGAUCCUGGUGUCCGUCGCCACCGAGCGCUACCUGCAAGCGACCUUGGAAAACGAGGUGCCGAUCGUGAACGCCUCGUUCCACGUGACGCACUGGUCCGUGUCGCCGUUUGGGACGGGUCUCAGUCGCGUCAAAUACGUCGGAUACCUAUUUGGUGGAGAGGUGUUGCGCUUCUUCCACGGAGGAGAUGAAUGCCUCACGAUUCCCUCUAACUGGUCAGAGGACGACUCUCAGAAUAUCGUGGUGUACGAGGGCGGCAGCGUGGUGAGCCAGGCGCGCUCGCUGUGGCGGCUAGAGCUGGCCAGGACCAAGUGGUCGGGCGGCUACAUCAACUGGUUCCACCCGAUGAGGAUCCGCCACAUCACCACCGGCCGCUACCUGGGCAUCAACGAGCAGAACGAGAUCCGACUCAUGCACAGGACCGACUCUUCGGUGGCGUCCACCACGUUCUACCUGCGCGAGGAGAAGGACGACAACAAGGUGAUGCUGGAAGACAAGGACCUGGAGGUGAUCGGCACGCCGCUCAUCAAGUACGGCGACUCCACCGUCAUCGUCCAGCACAUCGAGUCCGGACUGUGGCUCUCCUACAAGGCGUUUGAGACGAAGAAGAAGGGCGUGGGAAAGGUGGAGGUGAAGCAGGCCAUCCUUCACGAGGAGGGCAAGAUGGACGACGGCUUGGAGUUCUCCCGGAGCCAGGACGAGGAGUCUCGCACCGCCCGGGUCAUCCGCAAAUGCAGCUCUCUCUUCACCAAGUUCAUCAAACAGCUGGACCAGAUCCGCUCCGCCCGCCGCCACUCGGUCAUGCUCGGCUCCAUGAACUUGAAGGAGAUCGUCAUGUGUCUGGAGGAUCUCAUCAACUACUUCGCGCAGCCUGACGCCGAGAUGGACCACGAGGAGCGUCAGAUCAAGCUGCGGGCGCUGCGGAACCGACAGGACCUGUGCCAGGAGGAGGGCAUCCUCAACCUCAUCCUGGACGCCAUCGACAAGAUCACCGUCAUCACCACCGAGGGCUACCUGGUGUCCCUGGCCGGCGAGGAGUCGGGCCAGAUGUGGGACAUCAUCAGCAACUACCUGUACCAACUGCUCGCGGCCAUGAUCAAGGGCAACCACAACAACUGCGCCCAGUUCGCCAACUCGAUGCGGCUGAACUGGCUGUUCUCGAGGCUAGGAUCGCAGGCGGGCGGCGAGGGCAUGCUGGACGUGCUGCACUGUGUGCUCAUCGACUCGCCGGAGGCGCUCAAUGUCAUGAAGGAGGAGCACAUCAAGGUCAUCAUCUCAAUCCUGGAGAAGCACGGCCGGGACCCCAAGGUGCUGGACGUGCUGCGGUCGCUCUGCGUCGGCAACGGCGUGGCUGUGCGCAGCUCGCAGAACAACAUCUGCGACUACCUGCUGCCCGGCAAGUCGCUGCUGCUGCAGACCGCGCUCGUCGAUCACGUCUCAAGCGUGCACCCGAAUAUCUACGUGGGCAAAGUGCAGGGCUCCUCCAUGUACCUGCGGUGGUACUACGAGGUCACCGUGGACCACAUCGAGCAGGCAAGCCACAUGGCUCCUCAUCUGCGCAUGGGCUGGGCCAACACCAUGGGUUACAUCCCGUACCCGGGCGGUGGCGAGAAGUGGGGUGGUAACGGCGUCGGCGACGACCUCUACUCCUUCGGCUUCGACGGAUCCCAUCUCUGGACAGGGGGUCGGAGGACGCUGGUGUUCCCGCAGGAGUCGGAGCCGUACAUCAGGAAGGGCGACGUCAUCGGCGUGCUGCUGGACCUGACUGUGCCCUGCAUCGAGUUCACGUUCAACGGCGAGAAGAUCAGGGGCUGCUUCCGGGACUUCAACUUGGACGGCAUGUUCUUCCCAGUUAUCAGCUGCUCCUCAAAGCUCAGCGCGCGGUUCCUGUUGGGCGGCGAGCACGGCCGGCAGAAGUUCGAGCCGCCUGAGGGCUUCUCGCCCGUCAGCGAGUGUCUGCUGCCCAGCCAGCAGAUGUCCAUCGACCCCUGCUUCCACUUUGGAGACCUGGCCAAGGGCGUGCUGGCCGGUCCGCUGGUCGAGCAGGAGGACCCCGUGUUCGUGCCUCAGCCCAUCGACACAUCGGCAGUGACUCUGCCGCACUACGUGGAGCAGAUCCGCGACCGUCUAGCCGAGAACAUUCACGAGAUCUGGGCGAUGAACAAGAUCGACGAGGGCUGGCGGUACGGGGAGGAGCGCGAGGACGAGUACAUGCUGCACCCCUGCCUGACGCAGUUCGAGCGGUUGCCGCCCGCCGAGAAGCGCUACGACGUCCAGCUGGCGCUCCAGACGCUCAAGACCAUCAUGAAGCUGGGCUACCACAUCACGCUGGACAAGCCGCCCAAUCGCAUCAAGUCUAUCCGGCUGCCGAACGAUCCGUUCAUGCAGCCGAACGGGUACAAGCCGGCCCCCCUGGACCUGUCGCAGGUGUCACUUAGUGGCAAGUUGGAGGAGCUGGUGGAGAAGCUGGCAGAGAACACACACAUGGUGUGGUCCAAGGAGAGGAUCCAGCAGGGCUGGACUUACGGCCUCAAUGAGGACAUGGAGAUGAUCCGUACGCCGCACUUGGUGCCGUACCGCCGGGUGGACGAGGCCAUCAAGAAGGCCAACAGGGACACGGCCAGCGAGGCAGUGCGCACGCUGCUCGUCUAUGGCUACAUCCUGGACCCGCCGUCCGAGCAGCACGACGAAGGGCCGGCCAGCGAUCUACUGAACGGGAGGGCCAACUACCGCACCUACCGUGCCGAGAAGACGUACGCCGUGAGCUCCGGCAAAUGGUAUUUUGAGUUCGAAGUGCUGACGGACGGGCCCAUGAAGGUGGGCUGGGCCCGCAUCGACGCGUACCCGGGCCGCCAGAUCGGUCAGGACGAGUCGUCCUGGGCGUUCGACGGAUACCACGAGGAAAAGUGGUGCGGGGGUGCGUGCGAGACGUACGGCCACAAGUGGCACGUCGGUGACGUCAUCGGCGUCUUUCUGGACCUGAUUGACCGCACUGUCAGCUUCUCGCUGAACGGCGAGCUGAUGAUGGACGCCAUGGGCGGCGAGACGGCCUUCUCGGACGUGGUGGGCGACGCGUUCGUGCCCGCCUGCACGCUCGGGCUCUCGCAGCGAGCCCGGUUCGCGUUCGGGCACGACGUGAAUGCGCUCAAGUUCUUCACGCAGUGCGGACUCCAGGAGGGAUACGAGCCGUUCUGCGUCAACAUGACGCGACCGAUGACCUUCUGGUACACCAAGGACCAGCCGAUCUUCGAGAACGUCGACGAGGUGGAGAACUCGCCCAUUGACGUGACACGCAUCCCGGCCGGCUCCGACUCGCCGCCCUGCCUGCGCAUCUCGCACGCCACCUUCGAGACGCUGGAGAAGGCCAACUGGGAGUUCCUGAGGCUCUCGCUGCCCGUCACCUGCCAGACCGCCUUCAUCGAUGAGGCGGAGAAAGAGCGUCGCUGGAACGAGAUCCGGAUCCGCCAGCAUCGGCUGCGGAACGAGGGCAAGCACCGGCCGCCGUCGGCGCUGAAGCAGUCCAUGCUCGAGUCCGGCUUCACCAUGUCCGACAUUAAGGACCUGCAGAACGGCUUCGACGCCGUCGAGUCGGACGAGGUGAUGAUGAACGGCGCUAAGGUGGACGGCGAGACGCCCACGCCGGCCAUACCGCGUCGAGGCAGUAAGAUGGGCCGGGCGGCGAGCGAGAUGGACAUGCAGAGAGGGCGGCCCGCGGUCGCCAGGGAGAAGACGCCGCAGCCGGAGGGCAAGAAAAAAGAGCGCGGAAAAUCUCCAUUCAGGUUCUUCAAGAAGCGUGACCAGAGCACUGAUCGCCUGGGCAAGCGGGGCAAGAGCCAGGACCGCGUGAUUCCGACCCUGGAGCUGCCGCCGGAGCGGGGCCAGCCGCUCAGCGGUUUGCAGGUCACCAAUCCGGCCGUGCGCAUCUCCCAGGCGGACAUGCGUCUGAUGCCGCCGACCAUCCCGGACCGGCUGACGCGGCAGCGGCUCUCCGUGACGAACCUGACGCAGAUGGACGGCGAGCCCGGCGCCGACGACAUCGGCGCCGCCUUUGACGCCGAGUGCCUGCGCCUCAUCAACGAGUACUACUACGGCGUGCGCAUCUUCCCGGGCCAGGACCCGGCGCACGUGUACGUGGGCUGGGUCACCACCCAGUACCACAUCCACGGCACCACCUUCAGCCAGGAGGCGGCGCGCAAGGUCACCGUCGUUGAGACGGACGUCUACGGCGAUCCGGAGGGAAGCGUGGACCGCCAUAGCUGCUACAUGGUGCGCGCUGAUGACCUGCUGGCCGAGGUGUCGGCUGACGCCUCGGGCAAAGGUGCCUCGCAGGGUAUGUCGAUCGGGUGCUUCAUCGACACCUCCACCGGCUUCAUCACAUUCACCUGCGAGGGCAAGGACACUACCAUCAAGUUCAAGAUGGAGCCGGGGGUGAAGCUGUUCCCGGCCGUGUUCGUCGAAGCGACGAGCAAGGACGUGCUGCAGAUCGAGCUGGGGCGGACACCCACUUCACUGCCGCUGUCGGCGGCUGUGCUGCAGAGCUCCGAGAAACACGUGGUCCCGCAGUUCCCGCCGCGGCUCAAGUUCCAGCUGCUGAAGCCGCAUCAAUGGGCGCGCGUGCCGAACAAGUCGCUGCGCGUGCACGCUCUGAAGCUGUCGGACAUCCGCGGCUGGUCCAUCUACUGCGAGGACCCGGUGCCCAUGCUGGCGCUGCACAUCCCCGAGGAGGACCGCUGCAUCGACAUCCUGGAGCUGAUCGAGCACGAGCGGCUCCUCAGCUUCCACGCCCACACCCUGGAGUUGUACUGCGCCGUGUGCUUCCAAUCCAACUACCGCGGCGCGCACAUCCUCUGCCACCACGUGGACGACAAGCAGCUGCUGUACGCCAUCCGAGCCGAGUACAUGUCGGGCCCGCUGCGCACCGGCUUCUACGACCUGCUCAUCGCCGUGCACAUGGAGUCUCACGCCAACACCAUGGAGGUGACCAGCAACGAGUACGUCAUCCCACUGGGGCCGGACCUGAAGGCGCUGUACGAGGAGCCGUCCAUGGCGCACAGUCUGAGCGUGCAGACCACCGAGUCGGUCCAGCCGGCCAUGGCCACCUCUCCCAUCUCCGACACCAUCGAGAACAUCAGCGAGCUGACGAUCCCGUACUUCGACUUCGAGACGGUGCGCAUCUUUGUGAUGGAGGCCCUCAAGGAGGCCUACGAGAAGAACCAGAUCCAUAACCGGGACUCAAUCGGGGGCAGCAACGAGACGCUGUUUGUGCCGCUGCUGAAGCUUUGCGACCGUUUACUGCUGAUCGGAUACCUGCGCGACGAGGACAUCCAGGACCUGUUGGUGAUGAUCGACCACGCCUCCUGGGACGUCUCCUUCGAUCCGGACGGAAAGGAUCAGCACCGGCGCGGCCUGCUGCAGAUCAAGAUGGCGGAGGGCGCUAAGCUGCAGCUCUGCUAUCUGCUGCACCACCUGUACGACAUCCAGCUGCGGCACCAGGUCGAGAGCAUCGUCGCCUUCAGUCAUGACUACGUGGGCGAGCUGCAGAAGGACCAGCUGCGCCGCUACGUCGAGAUCAAGCAGUCCGAGCUGCCGUCCUCGGUCACCGCCAGGAAGACAAAGGAAUUCCGGUGCCCGCCACGAGAACAGAUGAACUCGAUCCUGGGCUUCAAGAACCUGGAGGAGAUUGACCCGGACGAGGUGUCGGUGGGCGAGGACUUAAUCCAGCAGAUGAAGGACUUCCACACGGCCCUGAUGAGCAAGAUCUCCAUCUCUGGCGAGGAGGAAGCCGCCGGAGACGGGGAGGCGGAGGGCGGUCAGCGGAGCUCGAUGGGGGCUGCCUUCCUGAGUGUCAUCGGCGUUGUGAAGCAGGCGCAAGCCAUCGAGGUGGCCGGCGACGGCGCCGAAGAGGGGCCCGAGGACAAGUUCCGCAAGGUGCUCGUGCCCACCAUCGUCCGCUGGGCCGAGGAGAGCUUCAUCGAGGACUCCAAGCUCAUCCGCGAGAUGUUCAGAUUGCUGCUACGUCAGUACAACGCCGUGGGAGAGCUGAUGAAGGCGCUGGAGAAGACGUAUGUCAUCAACGCUAAGACGCGGGAGGACGUGGCGCUGAUGUGGCGCUUCCUCUCCAAGAUCCGCGCGCUGCUGCCCGUCCAGAUGUCCAACGAGGAGGAGGAGCUGGUCAGGAAGCUGCUGUGGUCCCUGGUGAACAAUCACGUGUUCUUCCAGCACCCGGACCUGGUGCGCAUCCUGCGGAUCCACGAGAACGUGAUGGCCAUCAUGAUGAACACGCUGGCGCGGAGGUCACAGGCCGAGAACGAGUCGGCGGCCAGCACCGAGGCGGACCACAAGAUGGCUCACGAGCAGAUGUCGACGGCUAAGGACACCUCGCACGAGAUGGUGGUGGCCUGCUGCCGCUUCCUCUGCUACUUCUGCCGCACGUCGCGCCAGAACCAGAAGGCCAUGUUCGACCACCUGCAGUUCCUACUGGAGAACUCAAACAUCCUGCUGUCACGACCCUCGCUGCGGGGCAGCACGCCCCUCGACGUCAGCUACUCCUCCCUCAUGGACAACACGGAGCUGGCGCUAGCGCUGAGGGAGCACUACCUGGAGAAGAUCGCCGUGUACUUGUCGCGCUGCGGCCUCCAGUCCAACAGCGAACUGGUGGCGCGCGGCUACCCUGACCUCGGCUGGGACCCGGUGGAGGGCGAGCGGUACCUGGACUUCCUCCGCUUCUGCGUCUGGGUCGGAGGCGAGAGUGUGGAGGAGAACGCGAACCUGGUGAUCCGGCUGCUGAUCCGGCGGCCUGAGUGUCUGGGUCCGGCGCUGCGCGGCGAGGGUGAGGGACUGCUCAACGCUAUCAACCAGGCCAACAAGAUGGCUGAGCGCAUCGACGCCCAGAACAACGGAGCGAUCGAAGCAGAUGGGGGCGCCUUCAGUAACCACCCCAAGCCCCUCAGCGACGACGACGAGGACUACAUCAACACGGGCGCGGCCAUCCUCAACUUUUACUGCACGCUGGUGGACGUGAUGGGCCGCUCCUCGCCCGAGGAGUUCCUCAUCGAACAGGGGAAGAACGAGUCUCUGCGAGCUCGCGCCAUCCUGCGUUCGCUGGUGCCACUGUCCGACCUGGAGGGUGUGUUGAGCCUGCCGUUCACCCUGCGGGACGGCGAGGCAGAGGACGCCUCCAGCAGCGACAUGCCCGCAGGCCUGAUCCCUUCUCACAAGCAGUCGGUGGUGCUCUUCCUUGAGCGCGUGUACGGCAUCGAGGACCGCGAGCUCUUCUUCCGCCUGCUGGAGUUUGCCUUCCUGCCCGACCUGCGCGCUGCCACCGUCCUGGAUAAGAGCGACGGAGGCGAGUCCGACAUGGGCCUGGCGCUGAACCGCUACAUCGGCAAUUCGAUCCUGCCGCUGCUCAUUAAGCACUCGCGCUUCUACGCCGACGCCGACAACUACUCCAGCCUGCUGGACGCCACGCUGCACACCGUGUACCGGCUGAGCAAGAACAGGAUUCUGACCAAGGGCCAGCGGGAGGCCGUGUCCGACUUCCUCGUCACUCUUACCAGAGAACUCCACCCGGGCAUGAUGCUGAAGUUGCUGAGGAAGCUAACUGUGGACGUCUCCAACAUCACCGAGUACACCACCGUGGCGCUCCGGCUGCUGACGCUACACUACGACCGCUGUGGCCGAUACUACGGCUCCCCCAACGGCCAGGGCGCCUACGGCUGCGCCAGCGAAGAGGAGAAGCGACUCACCAUGAUACUGUUCUCCAACAUCUUCGACUCUCUUGCCAAAAUGGAGUACGAUCCGGACCUGUUCGGGAACGCGCUGCCGUGCUUGACGGCCAUCGGCUGCGCCCUGCCGCCCGACUACUCGCUCACCACCGGCUACGAGGACGAGCUGUUCCGCCAGAGCACGCGCACCGACGCCAAGUAUAUUCCCCAGCCGAUCGACACGAGCAGUGUCACGCUGACCAAAGAGAUGAAUGACGUCAUUCAGAAGUUCAGCGACCACUACCAUGACGCCUGGUCGUCCCGCAAGUUUGAGAACGGCUGGUUCUACGGCGAAGAGUAUAGUCGGGACGAAAAAACGCAUCCGCGCUUGAAGCCGCCAACCAUGCUGUCCGAAUACGAGCGAGAGCGGUACCGGGACCCUGUUCGCCAGGCGCUGACGGCUCUGCUGGCGCUUGGCUGGACUGUGGAGUACGGCGAGGCGGACACGCUCAGCCCCAAGGGCUCGAUCCGGCGCAGCUCCUCCCGACAGGACAUGCCGACAACGCCGGACGCCCUCAGCGGGAACCCGGCCAACUACAACCCGCAGCCGGUGGACAUGACCAACCUGACGCUCAGCAGGGAGAUGCAGAACAUGGCCGAGCGACUGGCCGAGAACGCGCACGACAUCUGGGCCAAGAAGACCAAACACGAGCUGGAGGCGUGCGGUGCUGCCGUUCAUCCGCAGAUGGUGCCGUACGACCUGCUGACCGACAAGGAAAAGCGCAAGGACCGGGAGCGGUGUCAAGAGCUGCUCAAAUACCUCCAGUUCCAGGGAUACAAGCUGGCCAGGGCUCGAACAUCUCGCUCGGAUAGCGAGAGCCAGGAGAAGGCAGCGGCGGCGGCCACCGAGCGUCGCUUCGCCUACAGCUUGCUGGAGAAGCUGCAGCAGUACUUGGGCAGCGCGGCGCUCAACAUGAAGGUGCUGGUGCCCAGCCAGAACCUGGGCCACCGUGUCAGCUUCAAGCGGCCGUCGCGCGACGUCAAGUUCUUCUUCAAGGUGGUGCUGCCGCUGAUGGAGAAGUACUUCAGCACCAACAGGAGCUACUUCAUCGCCGUGCCGACCGUUACCAACAUGGUCGGCGCCGCCUCGCUCAAGGAGAAGGAGAUGGUCGCCAACGUGUUCUGCAAGCUGGCGCACCUGCUGCGGAUGAAGAUGUCGUCCUUCAGCAGCGAUACCCGGCUGGCAGUGCGCUGCCUGACCGUGCUGGUCAGGGCCGUCGAUGCCAGGUCCCUGGCUAAGCAGUGUCCGGAGUUCGUGCGGACGUCGAUGCUGACCUUCUUCAACCACGCGGCCGAGGACGUGGGAACAACGGUGCAGCAUCUGCAGGAGUGUCUGGUGAAGUGGGGGCUUCUCAACAUAAACGUUAAAGAGCGCGGCGGAGUGAUACAGGAGAAGUACAGCUACAUCCGCGGCACCCACCUCAAGACGUCCUCCUGUCUCAACUACGUGCAGCUGGUGCUGUUCCCCGUGCUGACCGCCUUCUUCGACCACCUCGUGGUCUGCGAGUACGGCUCCGACCUGCUCCUGGACGAAAUUCAGGUGGCCUGCUACAAACUGUUCCACGGCCUGUACCAGCUGGGCACCGACCCAAACCUUUCCAACCAGAGGAAGUUCAUCAAAGCUGAGCUGGACCGGCACCGGCCCUCGCUGGGCACCUGCCUGGGCGCGUUCGCCGCCUGCUUCCCCGUCGCCUUCCUGGAGCCCGACCUCAACCAGUACAACCAAUACUCCAUCCACGGCCGGCUGCAGGAGCGCUCGCUGGAGGCGCAAGAGGUGAUGGCUCGGCUGGAGGCGGCUGUGCCCACCCUGGACGAGAUCCUGAAGAUGGUGGAGAAGUUCUCCGAUAGCGGCGGCAAGUACGACGAGGCGCGCCACAUCGUCGACUCGCUGCUGCCCAUGCUCUGCUCGUACCUGCCGUUCUGGUGGUCCCAGGGCGCCGACAACGUGCCCAGCGAGACGGGCGCUGAGACACACAUCACCCGGGUGACGGACGGUCACAUGAACCAGCUGCUGAAGAACAUCCUGAACCUGAUCAAGUCGAACAUCGGCUCUCCGGAGGCGCCCUGGAUGACGCGGAUCGCCGGCUACGCCCAGCAGAUCAUCGUCAGCUGCAGCCAGGACCUUCUGUACGACCCGUACCUGCCGCUGGCUGAGAAGGUCCGUCGCCGCACUGAGGCUAUGUACCACAAGGAGGAGAACCUGAGAGGAUUUCUGAAGAGCACCACCGAGGACACCUCCCAGGUGGAGGGGCAGUUGCAGGAAAUGUGGUACCUUCUGGUGCGCGACAUCUACGCCUUCUACCCGCUGCUGAUCAAGUACGUCGACCUGCAACGGUCGCACUGGCUCAAGGACUGCGUGCCUGAAGGCCGAAGACCUCUACAACCACGUGGCUGUCAUCUUCGAGAUCUGGUCCAAGUCUCAGUACUUCACACGCGAGGAGACAAACUUCAUCUCCCAGAACGAGAUCGACAACAUGACGCUGAUCCGGCCCACAUCCACCGCUCGGCGCUCGACCGCGGCCACUUCGGAGCCCUCCCAGGGCCGCGGCAAGAAAAAGAAGAAGCGCGGCGACAAGAAGAAGAGCAAGGACAAGGAUGUGGCGUCGAGCCUGAUGGUGGCGUGUCUGAAGCGACUGCUGCCUGUCGGCCUGAACCUGUUCGCCGGACGGGAGCAGGAGCUGGUUCAGCACGCCAAGGAUAAGUACCUGAAGAGCAUCGCCGAGUACGAAAUAAUGGAAACGACCAAAGCGGAGCUGACCAUGCCGGAUCGGCUGGAUCCAACCGACUCGAAAUCGUGGCAGCACCACCUCUACAGUAAGCUGGGCGGUGGUGCCCGCAAGGCGGUGAUGGAGGC